GGGACGAGUUCCUCAGCGCAUGGUGGCAAGUUGUGCUCAGCCAUUAUACUCUCUGGAAGCAUGAUGUCUAUCACUGUGAUGUCAGUCCUAGCAAUAUCAUGGUCAAAUGGUCGAUGAAUUGACAUCCUCAAUGACUACGACUUGUCAUGGAUCCAAUGCGAUGGGCUUAGCGGCCGCGAACGCAUAGGAACAGUGCCAUUCAUGGCAAAUCUGGCCACCAUUGAAACCGGGACGGUUACUGUCAACGACGUACCACACAACAUUACUCCCAAAGUCAACUUCACGAAGGAUUACACUCAUUAUUUUGCCCUAAACUCCCAGCUUUCUGCCUGCUCGACUACUAGACCAUCGACCAGUGCUGACCCCUGCUCUGCUCAUGGAUGCGAAAUCUCUGUCCUGGAGAUGUCGACUCUCCAAGGCGUGCAGCUGCCACAUGAUACUCUACCAAACUCGAAUUCGGGAGGCGUGGGUGUACCAGGCUUACUGAAUUUUGGGGAUGCGAUUUCUCCGGGAAGAGGAUUCUUGAUCGGUCUUGCAACUUAAGAAGAAACCAUUGCUGGUUCAUUUACACUUUCCUCUCUCUCAUGACAGACAUUGCUUAGCAGUUCUACAAUCUCCAUCGCCGUGACGAGAAAGGCGGCUUCUAUCACCAUGCAUUCGUCUACACCCCUUUGGCUAUGGUGACGUGAAAUGAUGCAGGAGAUCGGGUCUGUAGUGUGAUGUUGAUGUACUCACGAGUGCAGCAGUGAAUGCUGGCGCAGUCUGCAGACAAAUCGGCGAAAGCGUUGCACAUGAAGAGAUGCGAGAGAGGAUGUCAAGCAUGGGUAGCGAGGUUAUGGAGAGCUUUUGAUUGGAGAUGUUUCUCGAUUCAACUUGUC